AUGUCAGACGUUCACCUGUAUGACGAUAACACAAGAACCGCCUCAUCAAGGAUGAACGCGACCGUUGUGUGGAAGCGAUAUCAUACAGCAAUUCAACCAAGCGGCUGGACCAUCCCCGUAGCGGUGUUGUGGUUUUCGCCGGCCUCCCGAGCGCCGACGCCAGUCUCCUAUCUCAACACCACGCGACUCCAAGUCCAGCGCGAUCUAAGUACAACUGAUGAUGUCCUUUCACGUAGUCAUCGGUCUUUCUUCAGCCCCGUCCUCUCGCAUCCAUCAAGAACAACCCCGGCGCCGACGACUCUUCGAGCAACCGUUCUUUUCACGGCAAACAGCACGGCAGGCGACACCUAUACCAUCUCAACCCUCGGCCACGCGAGCUGCCGGAGGUUGACUGGCAACGGUAGAAUCGACGCGUUCUAUGACAGACAAGACAAGCUACCGCGGGCAAAUAUCAUUGUACCUAUGGAGAGUGACUUCGGCAAGCGCUCGCAAGUAGAAGGCGUUACUGACGCCUUUCAGUCGUCGAUGACUUUCAUGCCUGGGAGUUCACGCUACGAAGGAAGCAAGAAGUCAGUGCUUCGUCCUCUCACGUCUUUGGCAACGGUUGACCACCUGAUUCUGGCGGUUAUACAGCUUCGACGACCGUGUGAGAGCCACCGAGAUAGUAAGGGUUUGGGAUCGACAAGAAUGGGUAAUCCCACGGUCGAAGAGGAGGCGUCUCAGGGAGUGACCUCAAUGACUGGUUCCGCUGGUAUCACGAUCACUGCUAACGAGGAAUUUUAA